UUCAAGCCGUGCGUUCAGAGUGAGUUGGGAACUCGAGCUGGAAGGAGGUCCCUGUUGGUAGGAGGUAAGACAGCAAGAAAGGACAGACAGAAGCAUACAGGGCAAGCCGACGCAAGUGCGCUUGCCGCGUUUGUUCGUAUGGCAGAAUCGCAGUCUCCUUAUCAUCACAAUAACGUUGAUGAGCGCAAGUUAAGAGAUCAGGCGGUAGUGUCGAAAGCCGUUCGUUACUGCUUUUAUCGCAUGUGCGAAAUUCCAUAACUCAAGUCGGGAACAAGGCAAGACGACGUUAGGUGUUUUAAGGAUCGUUGUCAUCUUUUUACAUUAGCAACGUGGAUGGCAGUGUGAAUGGGGCCAUCUAUGCGACACUAGGCUGUGUUGACGCGCGUCUUCACUAAUUCAUUGAAAGUGUUAAUAAUAAGGAUCAUAUCGGUAGAAUGACCAUUUGAGCAAACUUUGUUCGAACGAACCAUUUGAUUGGACUGAACUAGGCAAAGAAACUAGGACGUGCCACACAUCAAGAGGUCGAUUCUUGAACAGUAGAUAAAACGCAGGACGAACUAACUCUCUACCCUCUAUCAGAAAAAAAAAUAGUGAUAAAAAGUUCGUUUUUUUCCGUUCGUGUGAUCGAUUGUGUGAGGUUCUGCGGGCCUUUAGACGGCCAAUCAAAUUGACAUCCUGGAGCAUUUUAACAAGUCUCCAUCAUCGAUGUUCUGUUAUCACUGCCCCCUGCCAGGGGUCCCGGGGGUGCCAGGAGUGCGCGGCGCGCCCCAUCCAGCAACUCUACCAUUCUACGCUGCAGCCCAAGCAGCCACAGUAGUUUCGUCUGCUCCUACGUCUACCACGACGCCACCAACGGCCGCUACGCUUUAUACGUCCUCUGGAUCGACGAGCAACUUCCACAGCCCGGCUGCAACUUCGUUUCCCGGCGCUAUGUCCGAGCUGCAUGAGGAUGCCUUCGUGAGAAGGGGACAACGUAGGAAUCGGACCACGUUCACUGUUCAACAGCUCGAAGAACUCGAGCGCGCGUUCGCCCAGACCCAUUAUCCUGACGUGUUUACUAGGGAAGAUUUAGCUAUGAAGAUCAACCUGACUGAAGCCAGAGUUCAGGUUUGGUUUCAGAACCGUCGCGCCAAGUGGCGUAAAGCUGAACGUCUUCGAAAGGAACGUGAGGAAAAAGAUCGAUUAAGCACCGAUUUAGUACAGUCGACAACAGUCGAGGGCAAGAGGUCGCCGGCUAGCCCUGACUCUGACCUGGAUCCGGAAAUGGCCGAUGAUAGACCUUCGUCUUCAGACGGCCCUAAACCUGACACUCCCAGCCCGUCAAUGGCGAUAAGCUCCAUGAGCAACCCUAUCAGUUCAAUGCCCUCAAUUAACACUAUGACUUCAGCCCCAUUAUUCAAAGACGCUCUUACGUCUUUUGCCGCGGCUCUUCGACAUCACCAACAUCCGCUGUUUACAGCGUUCGACGGGAGGAUGCAAAGUGCUGUCGAAAAUCUCGGCGUCUCCAUCGGAGCUCCCCGUUUUCCGUUUCCGCCUAUGUACCUCCCGCCAUCAUCGCCCUUUUUCAAGGGCUUUCCUCAUCCGCAUCCGCUUUGCCCCUGCUGUCAGGUUCCGCCAAUUGGCACAAAAACGCCAACAACUCCAGCUACGAUAUCCCCAUCGCCUGAAGACACUGAAGACGUCUCGUCAUCCCUGGCUGUAACCGAUCUCCGGAACAAGCUCAAAGAGUCGGCAGUUUCAACGACAAACAACAAUAUUACCACGAAUAAUAAAAAUCAUAAUCAUCACAAUCAUCACAGCCAGGCUCAGGACGAGACAACAGCUUCACAGGAGUCUGACUGAGACCUUCACGUCUUAUCCAUAGUCGGAGCACACUGAAAAGUUGCAAGCAACUUACAGCAAAAACUAUAGCAGCACCGUCUUGCGGCUGACCGUGGUCAAACUCCAACCAGCCCAAACGAAUGUCUUCCAUUAACUACACAAGGAGAACGAGAAAAAUCUUGUACGGGCGCCGAAAAUCUAGAUAAAUAUAGAAGAGAGCAUAUUUGUAUGCGCGUAUAUCAAUUCGAUCUUAUUGCUACGGAUUUCGUAUUUAAAUCUCGCUUAUUUUUUGGCUGAUAUUUCAUUGCGUUUAAGGGGGUGAGAUUCGUACAAUUGAGCGGGUCGUCUCACCGUAUAACCUGUUAGAUGUUGCAGUUGACUCGCCUUUAAUACAGUACCAAAGCAAUAAGAGACAAACAAUGUAAUUGAUUGACCUAGUCUAGUAAAUAGUAAAUAGGCUGGAUUGAUGGCGAGGUGCCAUAUAGUUUCGUAUAAACGCGCAAUGUCCCUACGACAGAACAAUUAGCGAGCUAUAGCUCAGGCUUUUUUUUUUUUUUUUUUUUUUUUUUUUUUUUUCACAAGUAGUGGUAAUAAUAAAAACGCCGUAUAGAAAACGCUAGGAAUAAUAUCGAAUGAUGCUAAUAAUAUCACAAACAGGAAUAACGACUAGUAUAAUUAAAAGCUAUUGAAAUAUACAAGGCUGUGCAUAAUACAGGCGGGGAUUGAUAUUUGUCUAAAAUAAUCUCUCCACAUACAGCGAACCAUUUACAAACAAAAUGCAAGAAGUAUUGUCGCCCCUCUCGAUGUGUAAUAAAUUCAAUUGUGCAAUAAAAAACAGCUCACAGUGGUGGCCCAUUUCAGAAAAUCAACCCAUUUCGUUACCAGCGUCAAUCCUCUCACCGAACCUACCGAGACGUUUUCGUUUCACUACGAUAGGACGAAAUGGAUAGCGGACGCAAACGGCCCACUCUCGUAAUAUACACAACCAUAGAGUCAUGCAGAACGAAACCUUUCUACGACUCAAGCCUCGUUUCGUACUCCUUACUAUGGCGUUGAGAUUAUAACAUAACCGAUAAUGAAAUCGAGAUAUUUGCAUCGUGUGUCAGUUAUGAACGCCAUAGAUAGGUAUAUAUAUAUAUAUAUUCAUUGAUGAGAAUGAUAACUAUGAUAAGCGAAUAAUGAUCAUUGCUAUCUAUACAUCGCCACUUACCAAGCAAUCCAUUAGCUAUGUAUCUAUUGACGAAGAUAAGGAAAGAGAGAACGAAUAUGGGCGAAAAAGACAAAGACCGAAAAGAAACAUUGCUGAAUGUCUGAUCCGACCGAAUCCACCCUUGCUGCACUUUCUCUACAGUGGCUGAAUAGCGAAUGACCAACAGACGCUACGUGUAGGUGAGUGGGCAGCGGAAAGACGUAGUCGGUUAGAUUUCUUUGUUUGAAUA